UCGUCUCGCCGGGCAGCGGUCCGGCUCCAGCUCGCUCCCGGUUGCCAUGCCCGCCCGUCGCCACCGCCACCGCUUCCUCGCGGCACUCGUCGGGCUCCGACCCGCCGCCGCCGGUUUCUCCACGGCGCCGUCCCAAGGUUGCCCGCUACACGCCGCGCUCGCGCGCCGGGGCGCCCCAGCGGCGGCCGCGUUCGCUCUCUACUCCCGCAUCCGCGCCGCAGCCUCGCCGACCCCCUACACCUUCUCCCUCCUCCUCGCCUCCCUCGCCUCGUCCUCGCCCCGCGCUCCCUCCCCCGCCGCAGGCGGAUGCGAUGGCCUCGCCGCCGCGGGGCUCGCGCACGCGCAGGCGCUCAAGUGCGGCGCGCUCGCGCACACCGUCGUCACCAACUGCCUCCUCAAGCUCUACUGCGCGCUCGGCCUCCUGCCCGACGCGCGCAGGGUGUUCGACACGACCGGCGCUGCCGCGCUGGACGCCGUCUCCUGGAACACUAUAGUGUCGGGAUAUGGCAAGAGCGGCGACCUGGAGGCCGCGCGUGAGCUAUUCGUCAGAAUGCCCGACAGGAGCCUAGUUUCCUGGAGCGCGAUGGUCGACGCGUGCAUUCGCGCGGAGCAGUUCAGCGAGGCGCUGAGGGUGUUUGAUCGGAUGAUGGAGGAGGGAUUUAGGCCAGACGCAGUAGUGCUGGUCAGCAUGCUCAAGGCUUGCGCACAUCUUGGUGCUGUUGAGAGGGGGCGGUGGGUUCAUAGGUAUCUGGAAGCAGAGGGGUUUGGGAGGAGGCCAGGGAAUGUCAUGCUUGAGACUGCGCUUGUGGAUAUGUAUUCCAAGUGCGGGUGCAUGGAGGAGGCGUGGCAGGUCUUUGACGGAGUUCGGAGCCAUGAUGUGGUGCUGUGGAAUGCAAUGAUUGGCGGGCUUGCGACCAAUGGUCAUGGCAAGCGUGCAAUUGAGUUGUUCAGAAGGAUGCUUGAGAAGGGGUUUGUGCCGAAUGAGUCAACAUUUGUCGUUGUUUUGUGUGCGUGCACCCACGCAGGGCGUGUGGAUGAAGGAAAGCAGGUUUUCAGGUCCAUGCGGGACCAUGGGGUUGAGCCCCGGAGGGAGCACUACGGAUGCUUGGCUGAUCUCCUUGGACGUGCAGGGCUUGUGGAAGAAGCUGAAGCUGUGUUAUUGGACAUGCCAAUGGAGCCACAUGCAUCACAGUGGGGGUCUCUAAUGUCAUCGUGCCUGAUGCACAACAACAUUGUUGUGGGCGAACGUGUGGGAAAGAAACUUAUUGAGCUAGAGCCUGAUGAUGGUGGACGUUAUGUUGUUCUGUUCAAUCUAUAUGCAGUCAAUGGUUUAUGGGAAGAUGCAAAAGCUGUUCGGCAGAUGAUGGAGGAGAGAGGAGCCAAGAAGGAGACGGGCUUGAGCUUUAUAGAGUGGAAUGGUUUGGUCCAUGAAUUCAUGUCAGGGGAUACUAGACACCCCCAAACAAGGAUGAUCUAUGCAUUAUUGGAAGACAUGGAACGGAGGUUACAACUGAUUGGUUAUGUCAAGGAUACCAGCCGAGUGCUUAUAGACAUGGACGACGAGGAAGAUAAGGGCAGUACCUUAUCCUACCACAGUGAGAGGCUUGCAUUAGCAUUUGGAAUCCUAAACAUUCCCCAUGACAUGCCUAUUCGUAUUGUCAAGAACCUUCGAGUGUGCCGUGACUGCCAUGUGCAUGCCAAACUUGUAUCCAAGCUCUACCAGCGUGAGAUCAUUGUGCGUGACCGCCAUCGCUUCCACUUGUUCCGUGAUGGGGUUUGCUCCUGCAAUGACUAUUGGUGAAAUUGCUACUGACUACUGGGUAUGACAUGGUUAUCAACAUCAAUCAGAAAACAGCAACUAAAACAGAUUAUCAGAUGACACAUGACUGUUACAACCAAGGUGAAUGUGGAGGAUAAGAGAAACCAUGGUUCCCCGUGUUGAUCUCUAUGUAAGACUGAAUUUCCCCGAGAACAGAAUCUGAUACUGCAUAGACUGCUGUUGCAGUCUGCAUUUCCUGAUGACCAAUAUCUGUGGAGGACGGCCUACCAUUUCCUUCUAAAGUUCCUGCCUCCCGUACCUCAUCCAGUUUGGAGUCCCAAUGCUUGGCUAAUUUUGUCUCGUUGUCACUCAAAAGUCAGAAUCAAACAAAGGACUGGUUGAUCUUGAGGCUGGUUUCUGAUGUUUAACAUUGGUUAUUGUGAUCUCCGAUUUCAUCUUCUGAACCUCGGCUCAAGUUAUCCCCUGCCAAAGUCAACUUGAUUUGAGGCCUGGGGCCAUCAGAAUCAGAUGCUCGCUUGGAGUCAUGAAAGAUCUCAAUAAGUCAUAACAGUCAAUCCUGUGUCUUGGUUGAUGAUAUAUGGAACCUUGGAAGCUUUUGAUGGGCAAAUUCAGAGUUGAAGCCAGGUGAUGGUGCAGGUGGAAAGCAGUUGUACGUUUUCAGGUGGCAGCAGAUUCAGCUGUAGAUGUUUGUCAUCCUGUGGUGACGGCGUCGAGAAGGGAAGAAAUACCGAAGCCGCCUGCCGGCCGAAGGAAAGCAUCUUGUUCCGCUGACCCUGAGGCUGAGAGAUCGAGGCCCUUCCAGCAGAGUCUAUCCUCUCCUCUCCUCUGCUCUCCUCUCUCUCUCUCUCUCUCUCUCUCUCUCUCUCUCUCUCUCUCAGUUCCGAUGGACUACUCAAGUGGCGCGUCGGCGUCGGGGAGGGCGCGUGCGCGGUGGUGCUACUGCCGCUGCUUCCGCCGGUGGUGCCGCUGCUUCUGCGGCUGCUACUGCUGCAACUGCUUCCCCGACGAGCCCCACGACGAACCCCGCGCCGCCGCCUACGCCUAGGGUCCCGGGCUCUCAGGGAGACGCUCAUAUAGGAAUAUGAGCACCGUGGGGAAAUCGAGUACCGUCCUCAUGCACACUAGGAAAAUGGCUACCUUAUUCUUGAAGUAGAUGCUGAAGAAGAUAUUGCAGUUUCAGAGCUCUUUUUCAGAUGGUUUCUGGACAAUAAAUUUGAUGGUACACUAGGCGAAUAGUUACUUGUGAUGAGGCUGUUUAAAGUAUUGUGCUCAUAAUGGUACCUAGAUGGGAAUCAAAGUAGCAAUUUCUCGUAAUACUAGCUAAUCUGUGUGACAUGGUUUGCUAAACCAAAGUUGCAUACUUGUAAAAUCUAACUGGCACUUUCUGCAUACACUCGGAUGUACAUAAAAACAAAAUUAUAUUAUCUGCUUAUCUCCAAAAAUACUUUUGUAUGUUUACGCACUCUUGUAUGACUCAAAAAUACUUCUGUAUGUUUACACAUUCUUGUAUGACUAUGUUCCAGAUUUUGGUAUAUGUACUAAGGUA